UGACGCAAGCGGACUUCCGGGGCCGGCCCCCGGGGAGGUCGGCGGCGGCGCCGCAGUCGUGGAGAGGCAGUGGGAGCGUGAGCGGCCACGGGCGACGCAAGUUCCUCACCGAGUUCACCUCUCGUCUCGCGCUUCUCUCCUAGUCGCGUGCUGCCUCCCGCCGGCGGCUCCUCCCGAGGAGAGCUUUCGCCGCGGUUGCUGAGAAGGGACUGUCGCCACCCCUCCCCGUGGCCAAGUGAGAGUGCCUGUCGCACCGCGUCGCCCCCUGCGCCGCCUCCUUGCCCCCAGUGGCGGGCGCCCUUCUCGCUCGAAGCACUCCCCCCAGCUCCAUGAAUGGAAAUCGGCUCCGCAGGACCCGUUGGGGCCCAGCCCCUACUCAUGGUGCCCAGAAGACCUGGCUAUGGCACCAUGGGCAAACCCAUUAAAUUGCUGGCUAACUGUUUUCAAGUUGAAAUCCCAAAGAUUGACGUCUACCUCUAUGAGGUAGAUAUUAAACCAGACAAGUGUCCUAGGAGAGUGAACAGGGAGGUGGUUGACUCAAUGGUUCAGCAUUUUAAAGUAACUAUAUUUGGGGACCGUAGGCCAGUUUAUGAUGGAAAAAGAAGCCUUUACACAGCCAAUCCACUUCCUGUGGCAACUACUGGGGUAGAUUUAGAUGUUACUCUUCCUGGGGAAGGUGGAAAAGAUCGACCUUUCAAGGUGUCAAUCAAGUUUGUCUCUCGGGUGAGUUGGCACCUACUACAUGAAGUACUGACAGGACGGACCUUGCCUGAGCCACUGGAAUUAGACAAGCCAAUCAGCACUAAUCCUGUCCAUGCCGUUGAUGUGGUGCUACGACAUCUGCCCUCCAUGAAAUAUACACCUGUGGGGCGUUCAUUUUUCUCGGCUCCAGAAGGAUAUGACCACCCUCUGGGAGGGGGCAGGGAAGUAUGGUUUGGAUUCCAUCAAUCUGUUCGUCCUGCCAUGUGGAAAAUGAUGCUUAAUAUUGAUGUUUCUGCCACUGCCUUCUACAAAGCACAACCUGUAAUUCAGUUCAUGUGUGAAGUUCUUGACAUUCAUAAUAUUGAUGAGCAACCAAGACCUCUGACUGAUUCUCAUCGGGUAAAAUUCACCAAAGAGAUAAAAGGUCUGAAGGUUGAAGUGACUCAUUGUGGAACAAUGAGACGGAAAUACCGUGUUUGUAAUGUAACAAGAAGGCCUGCCAGUCAUCAAACCUUUCCUUUGCAGUUAGAAAAUGGCCAAACUGUGGAGAGAACAGUAGCACAAUAUUUCAGAGAAAAGUAUACUCUUCAGCUGAAGUACCCACACCUUCCCUGUCUGCAAGUGGGGCAAGAGCAAAAACAUACAUAUCUGCCACUAGAAGUCUGUAAUAUUGUGGCAGGGCAACGAUGUAUCAAGAAGCUAACGGACAAUCAGACUUCCACUAUGAUCAAAGCAACAGCAAGAUCUGCACCAGACAGACAAGACGAAAUUAGCAGAUUGGUAAGAAGUGCAAAUUAUGAAACAGAUCCAUUUGUUCAGGAGUUUCAAUUUAAAGUUCGGGAUGAAAUGGCCCAUGUAACUGGACGCGUACUUCCAGCACCUAUGCUCCAGUAUGGAGGACGGAAUCGGACAGUAGCAACACCAAGCCAUGGAGUAUGGGACAUGCGAGGGAAACAGUUCCACACAGGAGUUGAAAUCAAAAUGUGGGCUAUAGCUUGUUUUGCCACACAGAGGCAGUGCAGAGAAGAAAUACUGAAGGGUUUCACGGACCAAUUGCGUAAGAUUUCUAAAGAUGCAGGAAUGCCCAUCCAGGGCCAGCCUUGCUUCUGCAAAUAUGCGCAGGGGGCAGACAGCGUGGAGCCCAUGUUCCGGCAUCUCAAGAACACGUACUCUGGACUACAGCUCAUUAUUGUCAUCCUGCCAGGGAAGACACCAGUGUAUGCGGAGGUGAAACGUGUAGGAGAUACACUUUUGGGUAUGGCUACACAGUGUGUUCAAGUCAAGAAUGUAAUAAAAACAUCCCCUCAAACUCUCUCAAAUCUGUGCCUAAAGAUAAAUGUUAAACUCGGAGGGAUCAAUAAUAUUCUUGUACCUCAUCAAAGACCUUCUGUGUUCCAGCAACCAGUGAUCUUUUUGGGAGCAGAUGUCACUCAUCCACCAGCUGGUGAUGGGAAGAAGCCUUCUAUUGCUGCUGUUGUAGGUAGUAUGGAUGCCCACCCAAGCAGAUACUGUGCUACAGUACGAGUUCAGAGACCCCGACAGGAGAUCAUCCAGGACUUGGCCUCCAUGGUCCGAGAACUUCUCAUUCAAUUUUAUAAGUCAACUCGGUUCAAACCUACUCGUAUCAUCUUUUAUCGGGAUGGUGUUUCAGAGGGACAGUUUAGGCAGGUAUUAUAUUAUGAACUACUAGCAAUUCGAGAAGCCUGCAUCAGUUUGGAGAAAGACUAUCAACCUGGAAUAACCUACAUUGUAGUUCAGAAGAGACAUCACACUCGAUUAUUUUGUGCUGAUCGGACAGAAAGGGUUGGAAGAAGUGGCAAUAUCCCAGCUGGAACAACUGUUGAUACAGACAUUACACACCCAUAUGAGUUUGAUUUUUACCUCUGUAGUCAUGCUGGAAUACAGGGUACCAGCCGUCCUUCACACUAUCAUGUUUUAUGGGAUGAUAACUGCUUUACUGCAGAUGAACUUCAGCUGCUAACUUACCAGCUCUGCCACACUUAUGUGCGCUGUACACGAUCUGUUUCUAUACCUGCACCAGCGUAUUAUGCUCACCUGGUGGCAUUCAGAGCCAGAUAUCAUCUCGUAGACAAAGAACAUGACAGUGCUGAAGGAAGUCACGUUUCAGGACAGAGCAAUGGGCGAGAUCCACAAGCUCUUGCCAAGGCUGUACAGAUUCACCAAGAUACCUUACGCACAAUGUACUUUGCUUAAAAAGUCUGAGAAUAUUCGCUGAGAGGAACAAUUGAAAGAUGAAUUGACAUACAACGUGUGUUUCCAGUGGAGUCCGUUGAGUGGAGAUGCCUCCAGCCAUACAGAAACCAACACUGUGGGGACCAGGGUCUGAUUUUUAUGUUGAUACAAGGAAGAUUGUUUACUUUAUCAAGGGACACAGCACCAUUAUGCAAUAUGAAACCAGCCAACUGCUUUUUUGUGCGGUCUCCUGUAGGAAGUAUCGCCAUUGUUUUGUUUUCACUUUCUUGUAGUCUAACCCUUUUAAUGCCUUUACCUCAAGUUGCUUGGCAGCACAACUAUCUUUGCAAAAAAAAAAAAGAAAGAAAGAAAGAAAGAAA